UUUCAAUUACGCUGGCAACACCGAUUAAUCAUCUGCACCACGCGAUUUUGAGAACGAAAUCGGUCUUUCGAAUAUUAAAUUAUUUUACAAAUAAAUUCAAUUAUUUACGAUGUACGGACAGCAACCGAUUUUAGUUUUGAGCCAAAAUACAAAACGUGACUCCGGUCGGAAGGUUCAAUUGGAUAAUAUUCGCGCUGGGAAAACGAUAGCCGACGUUAUUCGAACAUGCCUUGGUCCACAAGCUAUGUUGAAAAUGCUAAUGGACCCGAUGGGUGGUAUCGUGAUGACAAAUGACGGCAAUGCUAUUCUUCGCGAAAUUACAGUGCAACAUCCAGCAGCUAAGUCAAUGAUAGAAAUUGCGAGAACACAAGACGAAGAGGUUGGCGAUGGCACAACAUCAGUAAUUGUUCUAACAGGAGAGAUGCUAGCAGUUGCAGAACCCUUCUUGACACAGAACAUACAUCCUACAGUAAUUAUCAGAGAAUUCCGGCAGGCUUUGGAGGAUGCCGUCAAACUGCUUCAGGAAAAAAUCUCUGUUCCAAUUGAUUUGAACGACAGAGAUAAGUUGAAGGAAGUGAUCCGAUCUUGCAUAGGCACCAAGUACAUUGGUCGCUGGGCAGAUCUUGCUGUUGAUAUUGCCCUGGAUGCUGUUAAUACCGUCACUAUUGUUGACAACGGCAGAGUAGAGGUUGAUAUUAAGAACUAUGCUAAAGUAGAAAAGAUACCCGGAGGUACAAUUGAGGAGUCAUGUGUACUGAAUGGAGUGAUGUUCAACAAAGAUGUCACUCAUCCGAAGAUGCGACGUCUUAUUGAGAACCCCCGUAUUGUGUUGCUUGAUUGCUCAUUGGAAUACAAUAAGGGAGAGAGCCAGACAAAUGUUGAGGUGUUCGGUGACCAGGACUUUACAAAGCUGCUACAGUUAGAAGAAGAGUUUGUGAAGCGUCAGUGUGAAGAUAUCAUCGCUCUCAAGCCUGAUCUAGUGGUGACAGAGAAGGGUGUGUCAGAUCUGGCACAGCAUUAUCUGGUGCAAGCUGGUAUUACUGCCGUCCGCAGACUACGUAAGACUGACAACAACCGUCUGGCGCGCGCGUGCGGUGCCACCAUAGUAAACCGCACGGAGGAGCUGAAGGAGAGCGACGUGGGCACCGCCGCCGGCAGGUUCGAGGUCAAGAAGAUUGGCGACGAGUACUUCACAUUUGUUACACAGUGCAGCAACCCUAAGGCGUGCACAAUUCUUCUCCGCGGCGCGUCAAAAGAUGUUUUGAAUGAAAUCGAGAGGAAUCUUCAGGAUGCAUUGCACGUCGCUAAGAACUUGGUGCUGAACCCGCGUCUGGUGGCGGGGGGCGGCGCGGUGGAGAUGGCGGUGUCGUGCGCGCUCGCCGCCAACGCCGCGCACAACACGCCGUACCGCGCUGUGGCACACGCACUCGAGAUAAUCCCGCGCACGCUGGCUCAGAACUGCGGCGCGAACACGAUCCGCACGUUGACUGCGCUGCGUGCGCGCCACGCUGCUGGCGCCAGUACAGCUGGCAUUGACGGAGAGACUGGAGAGAUCGUCGACAUGGCCGCCAAGGGUAUAUGGGAACCACUCGCAGUUAAGAUGCAGAUCUACAAGACAGCGGUAGAAACGGCAAUUCUAAUUCUGCGAAUCGACGACAUUGUGUCAGGUUCUAAGAAGAAGUCUGACAAGGAGCCGACCGCGCCCGCCGCCAUGGCUGCCGGACAGGAGUAAAUGCGUUUCCACUGUCUAAACACUUGUACGAAACAUAUUGUCAUCCCGCUCAUUCUUAUUGAAAAGAGCAGAGACAGUGUGCUACAAGUGUAAUUUCAAGAUUAACACAAACGCAUUUAUGGAUGAAAUUGUUACAAAUACUAAAAUAACACUUAAAUAUAAUAAUUAGUUUAAUACAA